UUCUCUCUUUUUCUAAAGGUGAAUAAUAGCAGGUUGGGCCCGCCUGGCAAUGUUAAGCGUUAAAGGGGAGGGCCUUUUGCACAGCCGCAACACAAGCGCUCCCGAAGCCUAGCGGAACAACCUGGCGCUAUCUGAUUUCACUCGGCAGCGACUUGCGCCGCGUUUCCUCGCACCUCCGGAAAGGGCGCUACUCGGUGCGGGUGGCGCCCGGGUAGCGCAUUCGCUCCCCCUGGAAGGAGAGCGUGCGCAUCUGCCGGCGGCCGGCUGAAAGUGAGCGACAGGGAGUCGGGGACGCGCAGCGAAGGCUUCUGGAGAACCCCUCCGCGCCGCGCAUCCCUUGCUCUUAGGUUUAUAACAAACUUGCCAUAAUCCAGUUGCCGAAAAUCAAGAUGGCAUCUAACUUGAGGCCAGCUCCAUAUUAUGAAAACUAUGCAUACCAAACAGAAAAUGUUCCUCCAAGAUUUACCAGAGAUUAUAAUAUGUAUCCUCAUUACACGCCUACAUAUUAUCCUUCAUCAGUGCCUCAUUAUGUUCCAAGAGUUUCUACUCAACAGUCAAUCCCAGUACCAGUUUUACAGACAAAAUCUGCAAAAUGUACACCAAGAACCAAAAGGGCACUGUAUUUCCUAUCAAUUAGUGUACUAAUAAUAGGAGCUGGAGUUUCUGCUUUUCUCAUCUGGUAUUUUGUGACAGAUAGUUGUUUUGGCUCCAAGAUACAAUGUGGUUCACUCAGAGUGUGUGUAUUGCCAUCUCAAUGGUGUAAUGGAAUAAAAGAUUGCCCUAAUGGUGAAGAUGAAACUCGUUGUGUUAGACUUUAUGGACCAGAAUUUCUCUUGGAAGUCUAUUCAUCCGAAAACAAAGAUUGGUACUCUAUAUGCUAUGAUGAUUGGAAUAAUAAACAUGGAAAGACUGCAUGUGAAGACUUGGGAUAUGACUCAAAACCCUAUUUCAGCAGCACGGCAAUUCCAGCUAUCACUGGUCUACAAACUUUGAGGGUCAAUACUAGUGCUGGACGACAUAGACUGUAUAAGAAAUUGUACAGCAGCAAGUUGUGUCCAUCAAAGCAAGUGGUAUCCCUGCGAUGCAUAGAGUGUGGCCUUUCAUAUAAACGUACGAGUCCCAGAAACAGAAUUGUGGGUGGAAAUGCUGCAUUAUCUGGAGAAUGGCCGUGGCAAGUCAGCCUUCAUAUCCAGAAAACUCAUCUCUGUGGAGGAUCUAUUAUCACCCCUGAAUGGAUAGUAACAGCAGCUCAUUGUGUAGAAGGGAAACAUUCCGAUCCAUCCUACUGGAAGGUUUAUGCAGGGAUUCUGAAACAGCUAGAAAUGAUUCCUUCAAGGGGAUUUAGAGUAGCCAGAAUAAUAUCUCAUCCCAACUAUGAUUCAACUUCCAAAAAUAACGAUGUUGCUCUUAUGAAGCUACAAUCUCCUCUAAGUUUUAAUGAUUUUAUACGACCAGUUUGUUUGCCCAAUGCUGGAAUGAUGUUUGAGACUAACCAACAGUGUUGGAUAUCUGGAUGGGGAGCUAAAUACCAAGGAGGUAAUACUUCAAUGGAUCUGAAUGCAGCAACUGUACCUCUGAUAGACUCAUCUAUAUGUAAUGGAAGAUAUAUCUAUAAUGGAAUUGUUUUGCCUACUAUGAUAUGUGCUGGCUACUUACAAGGAAUGGUGGAUUCUUGUCAGGGUGAUAGUGGUGGUCCAUUGGUAACCAUGAAGAAUAUGUUGUGGUGGCUAGUGGGUGACACAAGUUGGGGAACAGGCUGUGCUACUCAAUAUAGACCUGGAGUUUAUGGUAACAUUACUAUGUUCACAGAAUGGAUUUACCGAAAUAUGCAGGCAAACAGAUGAUACUGCUUCCUUUGGCUCACUUUGAUCAAGGGUGUGAACAAAUCCUUUUGUUCCUUCUAAAUCGUUGGUUAUGCUUUCAAAAUGAGUUCUGAGUCCUUAACACUUCAUAUGCAGACUGUAAUGGGAAUGUUUGCAAACUGGUUCCAUUUGGACCAUCUUGUUCCAUAUCAAGCAGUUGAAGAACCUGAUUUCUUGAAUCUGAUGUUAACAAUCAAAGGCGAACACCUUCUUUUUACCAACUAGUUGUUGGUUUCCUUUAUUUCUGAAGAUUCUCUACCAGUUGGCAUUCAUUUUAAAGUUAAAAAUAAUGUUUGUAAAUUAUAAAUUAUGUUUUUGCUUUUGAAAUCAAAUGCAGCACCUCAAUUUUUUAUAAGUGAUGUUUAAUAUUUAGGAUAUUAAUGUUGAGUAUAUCUGGGCUGCUGGAUGGCCCAUUUUUUUAAAAAUGAGAAAGAACCACAUGAAUAUUUUGAUAUAAGGUGUGAAAGAUUUUUUCUUAUGAAUAUUACUAUGCAUCUUUUGUAUUCAAGUAUUCAUUAUUUUUAUUAUCCCAUAGGUAAUGAUUCUGAAACUAUAUAAUUUGAAUUAUAGUCUCUUCCAAAUGCUAUAGAUAGAUUCAAAAUCAGUUUAUUCUAGAAAAAGAAAUGCUAAUUUCUAGGCACAUAUCUUUGAUGCAGAUAUGAACAAAAUAAGUAUUCUAAAAUGUCAAUAAUUCUCCUGCUGUGGUAGUGGAUGUGCUAGAUAGGUCCUCCUCAGCUGCUGAACCUGAAAAACAAUAGCAGAGAAUAGAGUUAUUUGUGAAGGUGCAUUACAUUACUGAAUUGAAUCUGUCAGUUCUACUCAUUUUGUAAAACAGUAACAAAAUUGGAAUGGGUUAGGAAAAUGUAUUGGUCUGUUUUUUUUCUUACAAAUCCUGUUUGCAGUUAAGAAAGGCUGCUAUUGCAGUAGUAAAAUUUUAAUUCUAUGAGUCCUAUGAUUUGGACAUAACUAAUUAUGCUGCUAUUGAAAUGCACUUUUUCAAAUAUAUCUGUUGGUGGGAAAAUUCACUUCAAGUUUUGGAAGUGCAAUACUUUUAUACAAUGAAGUGCCAUUGAAAUGGUUAUUGAAAACAUUAAAUGUAUUUCAAUAAAGUGAAAUCAAUGUAAAUCAUGCAUAAUUAUUAAUUAUCACCGCAAUUUCAGUUAGUAAAUAUUUGGAUUUUUUAAGUUUCAAAAAUGAAGUACAGCAUUCUUUGUCUAAU